AAUAAGAUGUCGCGACGCUUCUCCUUCUCCUUCUCCUACACGUCUCCUUCGAGCCAAGCCAUUGGGGCGACCAGCCAGAAUUAGGGUUUUCACGGUGAGCAACCGCGACUGCUUCAGUCCCUGUUCCUUCGUUUCCCUUUUGAUUCCUCAUUCCCGCUUUACUUGUGGGUGCUUGCACUCCUCGAGGAAGCUCUUCCUCUCGAUUGCUUGCUUGAUUAAGGGUUCCGCCGGAUUGCGGCUGCUUCAGGAUUAUCCUUUCGGUCAUUGGGUUUCUUGCUGAAUUAGAAUUAGGGGAUUCUUAAAGGUCUGCGGUUUUUUGGGAGGUCGAGCACGCUCAAGAUCGGACGGAGGUUGGGGAAGACGUGUGGGAUUUCGUAGGUUGGUUGUUGAAUAAUGUGUAUACUUUGUGUGGUUCCGAGGUGGUCGCGAAGGAUUGCCACCUUGCUGCCUUGGCUUCUGAUACCGGUUCUCUUUUUUUGGGGCAUGUCGCCGUUCCUCCCUCCGGGGCUCCGCUUCGAGAUCACUUCUCCUCGGAUCGCUUGCCUUUGCAUCCUCGUCGUGACCCUCAUCUGGUACAAGGGAGUGGUGCCUAUGCUGAAUUAUUGGCAGGCCUGUCGGACAGCUCGUGAACAGGAGCGGCAGCGUGCGCUUGCAAUCAAAAUGCAACAGCUUUUGAAGACUGCCACCCGCCGAUGCCGGAAUUGUCACACCACUUACAGAGACCAGAAUCCUGCUGGAGGCCGGUUCAUGUGCUCAUACUGUGGUCAUGUUUCUAAAAGGCCCGUCUUGGAUCUUCCACGUUCAGUUGGGAGCUCAUGGUUCAGUAAGUUUAUGGGGAAUUAUAGAUGGUUAUGGAGUCAGGAUUCGCAAGCCCAGAGAAACAUCAAUGUUAGAUGGCUUUGUAGAUUGAUAUUCAGACACAGAUCAAGAGAAGAUGGUUCUAACACAGACCGUAAAGGGGUGCUAUAUAGGAGAGGGGAUAAUGGAGGAAACCUGCAGGAAAACAGGUGUGAGAAAAUGAAAAGGAAAGCUGAAGAGAAACGUCAGGCCAAGUUGGAAAGAGAGAUGCUGGAAGAGGAAGAGAGGAAGCAAAGAGAAGAGGUUGCUAAGUUGGUAGAAGAAAGAAGAAAAUUAAGAGAUGAGAACGUGAAGACUGAGAGAGAAACUUCGAAUAGCUCUGUUCCUGAUGGGGAAAGGGACAAUAGGAAGCAAGCAGAUAAAAAAAGAGAUGAGAGAAGAAAGGACAAGGAUAGGGGAUCUAGUAAAAGCAAUUCUGAUGUUGAGGAUUUAGAGAAGCGAGCGAGCAGGGCUACUGAGAGAAAACAUGAGUUCCACAAGAAGACUGACAAUGAGAGACAGGAUUCAAUGGGAAGCACAACAUUGAUAUCAAAAUCACACACCAUGGAAGCUUCACAUGGAAAUAAGGUGACAGCAAGUAAAACAAAAUACUCUAGUCAUAUAACUGGCAAUUCUCCAUCUUCUGCAAGAAGUUUUGGCAGUUCCAUACUUUUUGGGAGAAAUAUGCAGAACCCAACUAGUUCUGUAACUAAACCAAUCAAACAAGUUGCAGGCUUCAUGAAUCCUUCUUCCAAAAAUGCAAGAGAUUUUCAAGGUGCUGGAGAUGUAAUUGUUAAUGCUAUGUCAAGUGGAAAUAGUGGAGUUACAAAGAGCAAUCUUAAUCAGCCUAUGAAUUCUUAUGUGCAACCACGUCAAUCUACUUUAAAGAAACCAUGGCAUCAACUAUUUACCCAUUCAGCUCCUGUUUCCACAAACUCUGAGUCAACUAAUCUGAUAUGUCAAAACAAUCAUGGUCAAGUAGAAGCUCAGAAUAUGGACUUAAAGGAUCAAACAUUGAUUCCUAACAGUUCUUAUGAUAAUUCAGUUAAUUUUGUGCAACCAUUGCCUUUCAAUUCUAUGACAUCACCUAAUGGUGUAUUUAAUAGCACCUUAUUUACUAACAUUAAGGAUUCAGCACAAAGUUUUAUAUCAGAUGAAGCAGAAAUUUAUGAAGACCCGUGCUAUGUCCCAGAUAUGAUAUCCUUGCUUGGUCCAGUUUCUGAGGAGCUUGAUAAUUUUCCAUUGGAUGCACGGUCUAAUUUUCUUGAUGAUAAUAUGGCUGAGCCUCAUGUCUUAAAGAAUGCUUUUGCUUCUGUAAACAUAUCCAAACCUUCUCCAAUUGAGUGCCCAAUUUCAAGAUUUCAAAAUUCAGAAGAAAAGCAGAAUGCUUUUGGCCCAGUUUCAUGUACCUUAAAGUAUCAGGAGCCACUAAUGGUGAAUGUGGAUGAGUCACAGGGUAUGUGGCAGAUGUGGGAAACUCCACACAGUCAGAAUACAAUGGGAUUAUUAGGCGGGCCUUCCAGCUGGCUUUUGGCUAUGGGACAACAGAAUUUAAAACAAGAUGAUAUACCAAAUCCAUUAUUAAACAACACAUUGUUGUCACAGAGCAUGAAGGUGAACCCUGCACUUUUGAGAACUAAGCCUCCACUGCCCGUUCAUGAUGGCGUGCUGCAGAAUGAAAUCACAUAUGGUGCAUACAGUGCUGGUAUGAAUGGGAGUAAUUCUUGGAUAAAGACACCACCUUUGCAAUCAUUGCCUUCUGAUGGGGUUAACCUGUUUCUUCCACCAAAUCUCAUAGAUAAUAUGCAACACGUUGAUACCACAGAAGUUAGUCCAAACAAGUCUGGAUCUGAUUACUCUAUUUUAUCUUCGGUUGAUUGGGUGAGGCCUCAUCCUGUUGGCACAAAGGAGUGGCCUCACAGUCAGAAAAGUGAAAUAUCUCAUCUUGGCAAAGCAAAUACAGAGUCACAGCCAUCAUUCAGACUAAAAGAGACAUUAUACACCGUAAAUGAGACAAUGUUUCCAAAUGCAUAUGACCUCACCUCUCAUGAGGACAUUUGAAGAAUUAAUUCAUUUUCAUGUUGCGAAUGCAAUGAUCAUUUCAUCAGUAUAAGCAAGCCAUGACAUACAUGAUUUUAUC